UUUGUGAGCAGGCCAGCUCAGGUUUUUAAUAUUUUAUUGACUGUAUUAUCAUGUCGUUUCCUAAACGCUUUCAUUGGUUGCUUAGCAACCACAACACAGAUUUUUUUUAAACAGUGAACAUCCGACACUUAAAAUAUUUAUUGAAUGAAUGAAUGAAGAAACACAACCAUCUAGAAUGGAGGUGUAUGAGGAUUCUGCCAGAAGAAUUCAAUCAUACUGGAGAUCAUAUAGGAACAGAAAACUCUUUAAACUCCUCGUGAAUACUAUACGAUCAGCAGAGCAGUGUCUGACAGCAGGCGCUCUGCGUCAGCUCAGUCCAAAAGAAGCAGAUCUUCUGAAAGAUCCCAGUCUGAAGUGCAGACUCAGAUUCAGGUUUGCAGGACCUCACUUUCCACCUUCAGUUGUGUUCAAAAUUUUCCAGACUGGCGCUGGUGGACAGUAUCUCUCUGGCAAAAAACUCUUCACUUCCUCCAACCAGGCAAUAUCAGACACCUGCAGAAUGAUGGGAAACAGAACGUUCAUGGAUCUCAUGUCAGUAGAUGAGAUACACGUAAGGAGCAGAGACAUUAUUGAACCACAAGAUGUGAUCUGCGUCAGAGAUUAUAUGCAGUAUUCCAGCCACCUGGAUGAGCUUCCUGCUUGUCUUGGAGGCAGGGAAAACGGCUGGAGGUUUCUAUCUCUGAAGGUCCUGUCACGAAACAGCAGAGACGAUGUAAAGUCAGGCAUGAAACGGCCAGUUGUUAGGAAUCUAAAGAAGGGGCGGUCAUGGGGACAUUCACGUUUCUCCGAACAACAACUCUCUCAGAGGGGUUUGUCCUCACGGUGCUCCACACGUGCCAAGAUCACUGCAGCUCGGAUGAGACGUCUCUAUGUCAUGGGCGAUGCUGAGAGAGUCUCAGAAGAAGAGAGCAAUAUGGACAACAUUAAGACAGAUAACCAGAAGAGCACCGCUGAGAAAUAUGAGAUCAGGAUCAUUCUGCCAUCGGUUCAGACUGAAGACUAUGGUGACAGCUCAUCUGAGUCUGAAUGGGAGGAGGAAGCCGAGGAACUCUGUAACUGGUCGAAACAACUGAACACAGAUGAUGUUGAUGCUCCUGAAUUUGUGUAGAUAAAUACACGACCUGAUUCAGA